AUGCCGACACCACUCGACCGAGCAAUGAGGUCAAGGGUAACCUUCGCUGGCCUUGUGACUGGCGUUGCAGCUUGGGCCAUCUGGGGGGGUGACAUGUUUCCUGCAGACUCGGAUCCCAAAGGGGAUCCGGAGACUUGGUCAAAAGAAGAGCUGCAGAGAUGGCUUGCCGCAAGGAAUCUGCAUCCGCAGGACUCUGACAGCAGAGAACAAUUACUUGAACGAGUAAGGGCCAACAUGAGGAUCACAAGACAUUAG